ACUUGGGACCCGUUCCCACCUAGGACCACGGGCUCAAGAUUGCCGGGUAGAUGCACCCGGCACGCGCCUCUCCUCCGAAGGGAACCGAAGGAGCUGGCAGGUUUUCACACUUGCAGCAGGUCGGCUGAGAGAACGCGGGAUUCAGCCGAGAAGCCACGGGGAGCCCGAGGAGCAGAGCAGAGGCACCCAGGUAGCCUGCGCGGAGAAAUCGGAUAGGCGGAGACGGCCUGUAUGCAGCCCCCGCGAGCAGGGAAAGGGAAGAAGUCCUCCCCUACAAAGGGAAUUCACAAACUUGGAAGAAGUGACUAUUCCACGAGAUGCCCAGAUCUCAAAGGAAGGACCCGGGAAGCAUGAAAAAGCAAGGAAAUGUGAUGCCUACAGAAGAACCCAGUAAUUCUCCAGCAACAGAUCCCCAUCCAAAAGAAAUUCAGGAAAGCGCAAACAGAAAAUUGAGCAGAGAAUUGACCCGACUGAUUCUAAAGAAGGUCAUCAACAUGGAAGAGUCUUUAGAACGAGAACACAAAGAAAUGAGGAAAAGAGUUGGGGAGACAUAUGAGAUGAUUACCUGCCAGAAAGAGGUUUUAAAAUUCAACAGAAGAGUAUUUCUGGAACUGAAGAAAUCAUUGGAUGAAAUACAAAACUCAAGAUGGCCUGGUAGAUGCACCCGGCACGCUCCUCUCCGGCGGGAACCGAAGGAGACAGUAGAUUUUCACACUUGCAGCAGGUCGGCUGAGAGAACGCAGGAUUCAGCCGAGAAGCCACAGGGAGCCCGAGGAGCGCAGCAGAGGAGGAAGUCCUCCCCUACAAAGCGAGUUCACAAACUUGGAAGAAGCCACUUUCACAGGAUGCACAGAUCUCAACGGAAGGACACAGAAAACAUGAAAAAGCAAGGAAAUGGGACACCUCCAAAGGAACCCAGUAAUUCUCCAGCAGCAGAUCCCCAUCCAAAAGAAACAGAAGAUAUUUUGGAGAGAGAAUUGAACAUAGAGAUUAUACAGUUGAUGGGCAUAAUGCAAGCAUCAUUUGGAAAAGAACAGAGAAAAAUGAUGGAAGUAGUUACCGUUCUACAGGAAAAAAUUAUCAACUUCAGUGAUAUUCCUAAAAGCAACCUAAGGACACUUCUGAAACUGAAGAAAUCACUGGAUGAAAUACAAAGCAAACUCAAAAGCUUCAAUGAUAGACUAGAACAAGUAGAAGAAAAACUCUCAAAACUUGAAACCUGAAGCAUGUUUCUUAAAGAUUUAAAGGGUUAUACUCUGACCAUUAAUGUGAACAAAAUCUUCUGGGUUAAUUCUUAUACUGGGGUCUUGGAUAAUCAUUAAAGUAAAAUGA